UGUAAAGUAUGUGCAAAAUCCUUUAGCCAAUGUGCAAGUCUUAAAAAGCACCAGAGAAUACACACUGGAGAGAAACCGUACAAGUGUGAAGAAUGUGGCAGAGCCUUUAACCACUGCUCUAUCCUUAGUCAACACCAGAGAAUACAUACUGGAGAGAGAUCUUAUAAAUGUGAACAGUGUGGAAAAUCCUUUACCCAGUGUGCAAUCCUUAGAAAACACCAGAUAAUACACACUGGAGAGAAGCCAUACAAAUGUGCAGAAUGUGGCAAAGCCUUUACACAAAGCUCAACCCUUAUUGAGCACCAGAGAGUCCAUACUGGAGAGAAACCUUACAAAUGUGAAGAAUGUGGAAAGUCCUUUACCCAGUGUUCAAGCCUUCGGAAACACAAGAGAAUUCACACUGGAGAGAAACCCUACAAAUGUGAAGAAUGUG